GGAGCCCCCCGCUCUGCUCCGCUCCGGCCCCGCGCCCGGUGUCGCCCCGCCGCGGCGCCCCGCGCUGCCCGCCAGCCCCGCGCAGCCCCCGGUGGCCGUUCCGUGUCGCCAAACUUUUAGCGGCUGCAGCCCAGGCUGGGGCUCCGGCGGGAGGGGAGAGCGGGGCCGGCGGUCGGGGGAGCGGGGCGCCCUCCCCUCCGCGGGCGGGGAGUCCCCCGGCUCGGCCGGGGCUGCUGCCGCUGUCCUUAUCCCCGGGGCGAGCGGGAGGUCGGGAGCGGAGCGGCUCCCCACGGCCGGGCCGGGGCCACGGAGCCGGGAAGCCCUCCGGCCGCUCGGCCCGCGUUCCCUCCCCCGCCCGUGGGGGAUCCCCACUUCGGGGUCUCCCUCCCGGCGGGGUGCGCCCGAGCCGGAGCAUCCCCCGGGGCAGCCCCUGCCACUGUUGCCUGCGGGAAGCCCCGGUGCUCCGGGGGAAGAGCCGGUGCCGCGGGCAGUAGCAUGGCCUCGGGGGCAGGGGUCUUCCGCCCGGGUCACCACAGCGCCGCGCGGAGCGCUCGGACAGGGGAGACCGUCGCCCUCACCCCAAAUAACCCCGGAGGCUGCGAACCUUGGGGUGGGAGCUGUGGCAGAGCCGCUCUCCGGCUCUGCUCCCCCCGCCCCCCCAAUCCCUUCUGCAUUCCCACGCCGGCAGUUGGGACCUGCCUCCCCCCACACGCGCUCCUUCAGCGGCUAUUUCUGUCCUCGCCGAACGCGCCGCACACAGAGCUUUAAUUAAAGAAAAUUAGUGGAGGAGGGCGAGCGGGGGGGUGUCCGUGCUCCGGAGAGGGGGACGGUCCCCGGGACCUCGCCGGGUGCGACUGCCGUCGCUGAUGGCUCGGGGGAGGCGGGGGGUAGGUGCCCGCCUGAGAGUUUGAGCCGCUUUCGCUUGGUUGGUUGUUGGUUUGGGUUUUUUUUUAGAAAAGGGCGGCGGUGGAGGUGUGUGUGUGCGGGGGGGUGGUACGGACGACGCGGGAACGCGUUCCUUCCCGGAGGGUGUGUUGCAGUUUUAAUUAUAAUGACAGAUGUUGCCGUAAAGUUCCGUCUCGGUUCCUGAAUACAAGCAGAUCACGAAGCACCGGCAAACUCGCCCGUCGGACCGGGCACUCGCCCUUCGGCGCAGCGGAGUUGCUAAAGAAUUUUUUUGGUUGCGUUUUAAACGAGGCUCGGCCGGCUCUGGGGGUCCUCGGGGCGGCGGCGGGGCGGUGCGUGGAACCCGGGGAUGCCCGGGAGAUGCGGGCAGCCUCCGCUCCCUGGGCAGGAUCCCUCCAAGCGGCCCAAACCCCCGGCGGUCCCCAGUUCUCAUCCCUCUCAAUGUGGAGCGUGGCUACUCGUCCCGUGCGCGGCGGGAGCCGCCUGGCAGCCCGCUGCUGGGGGGAUGCCGGGGUGUCCCCCCCGCAGCCCUUUCCUCCUCCAGCUCUCCCUGGACAGAACCCUCCGCACCUCCGCUCAUCCCUGCCUCUCCGGCUCGGGCAGCCCGGGGGACCUGCGGUGCUGCCCACGUCCAGGCUGUGAUUUGCAGCCCCGGGAAAGCCCCGCGGAGGGAGGGGACGGGGGGGACUGGCAUCACCAGGCUCCCUCGGGGCAGAGCCGCCGCUCCCGCCUCCCCGGCCGGGGACUCGCCUCCUCCCGUCAGCUUCGCGCGUUCCGCCGCCGGUUCGCGCUGGAUUAAAUAUUUAGAAGUUUGCAGCGGUGAAUAAAGCGAUGGUUAAUAGAAAUUGAUGGCACCGAUGCAAAGGGGGUGGCACCGGCGGCAGGAGCGGCGCGGCUCAACGGGAGCGGGCGGGGCGCUCCUGGGAGGGUUUUUAAGGGGUUUCACCCCAAGUUAAGGGUUUAUCGGUCCGAAUGCUGUGGCAGCGCCAAAACCCGGGAGCUGCUCUUCACGUUUCCGACGAUGUCAUUUAAAGGCGUGUUUUUUCCGCCCUGCCUGCCUGGAAAGAAUAACCCCCUGCUUUCGCAGAGACGAGGCAAUCCGCUCGAAUUUAGCACCUAAAACCCCCCGUCAGCACCUCCCGCCGUGCUGCCUGACACCAUGCAGGGCUCCCACUCCUCCAGACCCCCCGGGUUUGCCAUGGCAGCGGGGGCAGUGGGCAGCGGGUGCUGUAGGCAGGGACUUGGAGCGUGUCCCCAGCUCCCCGAAGUGCAGCGCUGGGCAGUGGGGGGACCAGGCUGGAGCAGGGAUGAAGUUUGCCCCAUGACCUGGAGGAGCGAGCGGCCCCCGGGGUGGGGGCGGCCUCCGCAGGGUGGGGUGGGAAGGACACGGGGCUGACCGGGUGGCCGGGGAGCCCUGGCCCCGCACGCCGGCCCCGGCGCCGCGCUCCGAGCUGGAGGCAGCGCUUGUGUCAGCGGCGGGGAUGGGCAGCGCUCGGCGGGGCGGGAUGCGGUCCUGGCGCGGCUGCGGAGGCACCGGGAGAGGGGGAGGAAAGACGAGCUGGAAUAGGAUGGAGGGGCGAGCAGAGAGGGAAAGAAAGGGCGAGGGUUGCCCGGGGAGCGGCCGGGAGUGCGGGCCCUCUCCGCAGAGCCGCUGCUCGGUGGGAGCCAGCGGCGACGGCCGUGGGGAUGGGGAAAGCGGAGGGCAGAGCGGAAAGCCCUGGGGCAGACCCGACACCACUGCUACGGGUGCCAGAGACGGUCUGUACCCACCGGGGCGGGUCGGUGCCGUGCCCACGCCCGCCCACGCCCCUCACCCCGCGCUGGGGGACGCUCCCCCGGCCCGGUGCUGCCCACGCGUGUCCCAGCCUGGCCGCCGCUCCGGGCUGGGGCAGCGCCGCUCUGUGACAACAGAAAGUGGCUGGAAAGGGGCGAGGCGUCACACGGUCUGCCUCCGGGAGGCAGGGAAAGGCUGAGGGACCGAUGGGAAGGCAUGAAUGAAUGAAUCUCCAUAAAGAGCCCCAAGCAGCAGGGAGAGGGAGAGAGGAGGAGGAAGGAGAGGAGGAGGAAGAGCCGGAGCAGGGCAGGCAGCAGCAGACGUGACGCCGGCAGCUUCAACUAUGAUCAGUGCAUAAAUCUACCUGCAACACAGGAUGUUGGAAAAUUACCGAGAGACAGCAACGUCCUCCCUGCUGCUUGGUGAGAAAAGAAGGAUGCACCUUCAGUUUAAAUACUGGGCUUGGUGACCACCUCGUGGGACCCGAAUGCCGUGUCCAGUGUGCCUCCCUGCCCCCGAGGACAGCAACUAGGAGACAUUCAGGACUGUGGCUGGGACCAGCAGUGACACACAGGCUCAGAGGUGAGCCGGGGGACCGAGCGGGGACAGCCAAACACACGGAGGCACAGGGAGAUGGGGACCAGCGCCACGAUGUGCAGCAAAAAGAAAACGAGGAGAAGUACUAUAAAAAAUGAGAGGAAGGCUUGUCUCUAAGUCUGAGCAACUCCUCUGCACAGGCACUUAACUUCAUGACUCCCUCCUCGAGAUGCCGGAGGCUUGGUGAUGUGGGACCAGCCUCAGCCACCAAGGCCUUGGUAGCAGCCCCUGGCUGCUGGCUGCCGAGUACCGUGGGCACCGAGGUCCGCUUUCCCCACGGACACUUCCCUCCCGUCUCUGAGCCAUGAGGAGAAGGGAGAGGCAAGCAAAGCUGCCGAAGGAGCACUAGCCCACACCUUCCCAGCCCCUGUCCUGUUCCCCGCUUCCAGCAGACCAGGAGCCCUUCUCCGUGCUGCCCUUCCAGAUGGCAGGUCGCCGGUGGGCCGCGACGUCAGCCCUCUGCAUGUGCGUGGCGGCCGUGUCCCUCCUGCACGCCGGCGGGGUGCGGGCAGACUGCUGGCUCAUCGAGGGGGACAAGGGCUUCGUCUGGUUGGCCAUCUGCAGCCAAAACCAGCCCCCCUACGAGUCCAUCCCCCAGCAGAUCAACAGCACCAUCGUGGACUUGCGGCUGAACGACAACAAGAUCAAGAGCGUGCAGUACGCCUCGCUCAGCCGCUUCGGCAACCUGACAUACCUCAACCUGACGAAGAACGAGAUCUCCUACAUCGAGGACGGUGCCUUUUCAGGACAGUUCAACCUCCAGGUGCUGCAGCUGGGUUACAACCGACUGAGGAACCUCACCGAGGGCAUCCUCCGGGGCCUGGGGAAGCUGGAGUACCUCUAUCUCCAGGCCAACCUCAUCGAGACCGUCACCCCCAAUGCCUUCUGGGAGUGCCCCAACAUAGUGAACAUUGACCUGUCCAUGAACAGGAUCCAGAGACUGGACAGCAACACUUUUCGGGGCCUAAACAAGCUCUCUGUCUGUGAACUCUACAGUAACCCCUUCUACUGCUCCUGCGAGCUCCUCGGCUUCCUGCAAUGGCUGGAGGCUUUCACCAACAUGACACGCACCUACGACCGGAUGCAGUGCGACUCCCCACCCGACUACAUGGGCUACUACUUGUUAGGCCAAGGCCGGACUGGCUACCGCAAUGCUCUGAGCAUGCUUUCUUCCCUUUGCACUGGUGGCUCCUACACUGUGAUCCCUCGUUUUAUCCCUCCCAGGUACCAGGUGACCACGGUGCCCUCUGAAAGCCCCUGCUCCGAGGAGGAGUGCUCCUCCGGCGACGGCACGACGCCGCAGUUCUCCCUGUUCACGCCCAUCGGUGAGACGGAGGUGCGCCCCAACAUCCAGGUGAAGCACCUCAACCACAACUCGGCCGUCCUCACCGUGCAGAUUCCCUACCCCUUCAGCAAGAUGUACAUCCUCUCCCAGUUCGAAAACGGCUUCUCCUCCAUGAUCACCAAGCUCAGGAAGAAGGAGGAGAACAUCACCGUGAGCAACCUAGUAGCACAAAGAGAUUACACCUACUGUGUAGUCUCUGUUCACCAGUACUCCAAGUACAACCACACCUGUGUCACCAUCACCCCCACCAGACCCAACCGCAAGGAGCCGGUGCCCACCCCUUCCACUGCCACCCAUUACAUCAUGACAAUCCUGGGCUGUCUCUUUGGCAUGGUGAUUGUCCUGGGCGUGGUGUAUUACUGCCUCCGGAAGAGGCGCCAGCAGGAGGAGAAGCACAAAAAGGCUGCUGGCAGCAUGAAGAAGACCAUCAUCGAGCUGAAGUAUGGGCCAGAAAUGGAGACCACCAGCAUCACCCAGCUGUCCCAGGGACAGAUACUGGGUGGGGAGACAGUGACCCGCAUCCCCUACCUACCUUCUGCUGGCGAGGUUGAGCAGUACAAGCUGAUUGAGAGCAGCGAGACUCCCAAGGCCACCAAGGGCAACUACAUGGAGGUGAGGACGGGUGAGCAGCCUGAGAGGCGAGACUGUGAGCUGUCCCUGCCACCAGACACGCAGGGCUCUGUGGCUGAGAUCUCCACCAUUGCCAAGGAGGUGGACAAGGUGAACCAGAUCAUCAACAACUGCAUCGAUGCCUUGAAAUCCGAGUCCACCUCCUUCCAAGGGGUGAAGUCGGGGGCAGUCUCCACGGUGGAGCCUCAGCUGGUGCUCUUGUCAGAGCAGAUCCCCAGCAAGCACGGAUUCCUUUCCCCCGUCUACAAGGAAAGCUACAACCACCCUCUCCAGCGACACCACAGCAUGGAGGCGGCCCCCAAACGCUCCAGCACCUCUUCCAGCGGCUCCAUACGGAGCCCCAGGUCCUACCGCUCCGAGGGAUCGGGCCACAAAUCCGAAGCCAAAUACAUCGAGAAGACUUCCCCCACCACCGACACCAUCCUCACUGUGACACCGGCCGCGGCCAUCCUGCGGGCAGAGGCGGAGAAGAUCCGCCAGUACAGCGAACACCGGCACUCGUACCCCAGCUCGCACCCAGGGGAGCAGCACGACAGCAUGGGCGGGCGGAAGCCUUCCAUCCUGGAGCCUCUGACCCGGCCUCGCCCCAGAGACCUGGCCUACUCCCAGCUCUCGCCUCAGUAUCACAACCUGAGCUACACCUCCAGCCCAGAGUACACCUGCAAACCAUCGCACAGCAUCUGGGAGCGCUUCAAACUCAACCGCAAGCGGCACAAAGACGAGGAGGAGUACAUGGCAGCCGGCCAUGCCCUACGCAAAAAGGUCCAGUUUGCCAAAGACGAGGAUCUUCACGACAUCUUAGACUACUGGAAGGGCGUCUCUGCCCAGCAAAAGUCCUGAGUCCUCACACAACUCGUGACUUAACACACUAACUGGACCAAAAGAAAUCCGCAGCAGCUAUUUUUAUUCAGACUGUCUUUGAAACAAAAUAAAAUUAAAAAAAAAAAAAAAGAGAAUCAAUAAAAAAAUUAAAAGAGAGAACAAAUAAUGAAAAAUCUAUAAAUAUUCUAUAUAAUAUAUACAGUGAGAUAUUAAAAUGUCCUCACGUUGGUGAGACAUGCACCAAAUUUGAACGCAAACUUUGCAAACAAACAAACUGUGGAGUGGGAAAAAAAGAAAAAAGUUUUGUUUCAUUUUGAUUUUUUAAAAAAAUAUAAGAAAAAAGAAAAAAUUGAAUAUAAAAUGAAAAUGAAAGAGCGGGCAGAGAGCUGAGGUCUGGCGUUUUCCAAUAUUGCAUUGCAUGAGUCCCUAUUCCGUGAUUUUGUGGAUUCUUUGUGAACAGUUUGUGUUCUUCCUUCCUUCCCUUCCAAAAUCAACAGCGACAAAAACAGCAACAAAAACCAAAAAGAGACCACAAGGAGCUCCAUCUUUUGGGCUGUUUUUGCAAACGGAGUCUUCCAGUUUAGACUUUCACCCGGUUGAAGGCCCGUUCACAUUUUCACUCACUAAGAGGUUUUACCACACAUUGCAUUGUAAACCGAAGUCGUUAAUUGUACAGAGAAAAAUUUCUAUAUUUGCAAUGUUUGCUGUAUAAUGAGAGAGAGAGAGGAGAAAAAAAACAAUACUACAUCUACUAAAAAGAAAAUAUAUAUAUAUAUAUAUCUAUAUUCACCUGUUUGUACCAGGUUUUAAUCAUGGAUUUUAGAGAAAGAGAUGGAGUUUUAUUUGAA